CUCGCGCCUGGUCUCUGUCGGUGUGCCGGUACCCUGCCCUCGCCUCGCCUCGCCUCUCGUCUCGGUCCGGUCCUCGUCCAUCGACCUCGGUGUCCCUUCCUUCCUUCCCUGGCGGUUUGGCUCUCAUCCUUGGAUCCGCACGGCAGGAUUUCUCUGCUGGGAUUAAAGGCGUGUGCCACCAUCGCCCAGCUUCGGUUGCUCUGUACCUUUGGAUCCUGUCCUGGAACUUGUAGACCAAGCUGGCCUCGAACUCACGGAGAUACAUUCACCUCUUCCUGGGAUUUAAGGCUUGUGCCACAACUACCUGGUCCAUUUUUCGGACAUCAAGCCUGGGACAAUGGUGUGCAUUCCUUGUAUCGUCAUUCCAGUUCUGCUCUGGAUCUUCAAAAAGUUCCUGGAGCCGUACAUCUACCCGCUGGUUUCCCCCGUCAUCAGCCGUAUAUGGCCUAAAAAGGCUGUACAAGAAUCCAGUGGUAAAAAUAUAGGCAAAGUAGACUGCCAGGGUGCAGAUAUCAAUGGAUUACCCACAAAAGGAGCAACAGAAGUCUCUGAGAAGAAGAAAAACUAGUGUGGUUUUCCUGUAGCCCUCAGCUGUUUUCAAAUGGACCCGAUAAUAUGAAGCACCUUCUUUGUCUCUUGACUUUUUUCUCUGAGACCAGGAGUAUAGAUAAGCAGUUUAGCUAUCUGCCUGAUGCUGAUCAGGAAGAACAUGUAUUUAUAUUUAAAGUGUAAGUAGUCAUAUUUAAUGACCGCACCGAGUUUCUUGUUCAUUAAAGUAGCUUCAUUUCUACUAAUAAGAAUAAACAGAAGGUUUGUGUGAGCAGACACUCAGAACGUGGAGUCCUUGGGCCUUUGCAUUCUUUUGGUUCCUGUGGGCUCUCGUACUUGAGUGUCCAGUACAGUGGAUGGAAUGAGGUGUGAAAGAUGAAAUUACUGACGAACACGGUGGAGAGCUGAGACUUAAGAGUCAUUAUUGUGCUAAGGAACCUGGAAAAGAAGGAACUAGAGGGAACUUCUUUGAAAAAUGUAACAUCAACAUCAAUGUCGAUCACAAAUUCUGAUUCUGCUGUACCUCUUGUCCUGCAGGUGCAUUAAACAUUCAUUUUAACUUGU